AAAAAGCGAGCAAUCCACUGAGUACUGGUCCAUUUAGUUUGUGAUCGUCAAGGAGUACAGUAGAGUUCUCGGUGUUUAAACGUUCCCAGUUUCUGUGCUUGAAAAGAGAAAAGCAGCAAGGAAGAAGAAGAGAGUGGACACACAAUUAUCUUGGAUUUUUAACUGUUGAGAUCCAACAGCUGGACAAAAGUGACAAGUUUUUCUCGUUUUGUGUGGAAAAAAACGAAAAGUUUUAAAAACUUCAAUUAAGCCCGUGUUAAAGGCGGACGAAAUCUUUUUUAUUCAAACUUUGUUAACUCAGACCAACACCAGCAACCAUGAGAGAAAUCGUUCACAUCCAAGCCGGUCAGUGCGGAAACCAAAUUGGAGCUAAGUUUUGGGAAAUCAUCUCCGAUGAGCACGGCAUCGACGCUACCGGCGCGUACCACGGUGAUUCGGAUCUGCAGCUGGAGCGCAUCAAUGUGUACUACAACGAAGCCUCCGGUGGCAAAUAUGUGCCACGUGCCGUGCUAGUCGAUCUGGAACCGGGAACUAUGGAUUCGGUUCGCUCCGGCCCAUUCGGACAGAUCUUCCGCCCGGACAACUUCGUUUUCGGACAGUCCGGUGCCGGUAACAACUGGGCCAAGGGACACUACACCGAGGGUGCCGAACUGGUCGAUUCCGUGCUGGACGUUGUCCGCAAGGAGGCCGAAUCGUGCGACUGCCUGCAAGGAUUCCAGCUGACGCACUCGCUCGGAGGUGGUACCGGAUCCGGUAUGGGAACACUGCUGAUCUCUAAAAUUCGUGAGGAAUACCCCGACAGGAUCAUGAACACAUAUUCCGUUGUCCCCUCGCCAAAAGUGUCAGAUACCGUCGUGGAACCUUAUAACGCUACCCUCUCCGUGCAUCAGCUGGUCGAAAACACCGACGAAACGUACUGUAUCGACAAUGAAGCCCUGUAUGACAUCUGCUUCCGUACUCUGAAGCUCACCACUCCUACCUACGGCGAUCUGAACCAUCUCGUCUCGCUGACCAUGUCCGGAGUUACUACCUGCUUGCGAUUCCCUGGUCAACUGAACGCCGAUCUGCGAAAACUGGCCGUCAACAUGGUACCAUUCCCACGUCUACACUUCUUCAUGCCAGGAUUCGCUCCACUGACGUCCCGCGGCUCGCAGCAGUACCGCGCUCUGACCGUUCCGGAACUCACCCAGCAAAUGUUUGAUGCCAAGAACAUGAUGGCUGCCUGCGAUCCCCGACAUGGUCGAUACCUUACCGUUGCUGCCGUCUUCCGUGGCCGUAUGUCGAUGAAGGAAGUCGAUGAACAGAUGCUGAACAUCCAGAACAAGAACAGCAGCUACUUCGUGGAAUGGAUCCCGAACAACGUCAAGACCGCCGUCUGUGAUAUUCCUCCACGAGGAUUGAAGAUGUCCGCUACCUUCAUCGGCAACUCCACCGCCAUCCAGGAAUUGUUCAAGCGUAUCUCCGAACAGUUCACCGCUAUGUUCCGUCGUAAGGCUUUCUUGCAUUGGUACACCGGCGAGGGCAUGGACGAAAUGGAAUUCACUGAGGCGGAAAGCAACAUGAACGAUCUGGUGUCUGAGUACCAGCAAUACCAGGAGGCCACCGCCGACGAGGAUGCAGAGUUCGACGAGGAGCAGGAGGCUGAAGUUGACGAAAACUAAAUCUAGUUCUCCAACAACCCACACACACACACAAACGAACCUGACAUCCUUCUACACCGAACUCUCCCCCUCCUUUCUUCUGCAGAACUCUUCGCUCAUUCCAAGCAUUUUGCCCGUGCUCUGCCAUCUUCUCAUCUACUAAUCCUUCUCUUCUUCCUACUCACCUCAGGGUGUAAAAUCACGUCAAAGAGAAUGUUCCGUUCUUUUUUCGAAAAAAAAAAACGAAAAGUAUCAAUCACCAGCCAGAUUGUAGAUAAGAGACAAAAGUGAAGAACAAUGCGCAACCGUAAAAAAUAAAAACAAAGCCAGCAGCAGAGAUAGCAUGCAAGCAAAAACUAAACAACAACCAAGCCAGCCAGCAGCAGCAGCAGCAGGAAAAAGUCGCAAAAUCUAGUAACCACUGCCAGCUCAGCAAAAGAAAAUAAAAACAAUUGCAGAAAUGUCAGAAAACGGCAACUAAAAUCAAUCUCUGUUCUGUUUCAUUUACGUUUUGUUUCACACAAUUUCACCUCCCGAAAUUUACCGGCUUUUAUUUUUCAUCGAUUGUUUCAAACCAAUUCGCCCCCAACUCCCUUUCUCUGCUUUGUUUCGUUUCGUUUUCACCUAUAUGCUCUAUACUGGGUUCGAAAAUAUCUAUCGUCGCUUCGCGCUGUUAUUUGCGCGUUUCGCGACGAAACUCGUUGACAAACAAACAAGAAAAAAAGCUACCUUCUCUAAUGCUAAUUUUAAUAUUAUCGAUAAGGACAAAUAUUUAAAAUUUAACUUUAAAAACAAUUCGAUUGAAAUAAAAAAUGCUUUAACUAUUGUUAUUCGAGAAAAAAAAAUUCAGUUGAAAUCGAAGGAUUGCCGUAAAGUAUAACUUAUUUGCCGCACGAAUGAGUGGAUAACAUUGUCCACAGCUUAUUUGUAUUGUACCGUUUGUUUCGCAAGUGAACAUCUGCAAGCAUCUGAAGCGCAGAAAAGAUGGAAAAAUAAAAAAGUCUCAGAAAUCAAA